UAUCGCACUGCACAGGAUCAACAUUCGGCCGAGGCAGCGGUGGCGAGGGCGAGGGCGAGGGCAAGGGCGAGGGCGAGGGCAAGGGCGAGGGCAAGGGCAAGGGCGAGGGCGAACUCACCCCAACAGCGUCCACAUGGCUGGCUGCUCGUCCAGGACGCUUUAUUGCCACGGUUUCAACUUCGGGAGCCCGCUGCGGUUCAACUUCCACCAUGCCCGGGCGGCCACAAACAAACACCACUUCGGCGCCGACGCCGGGCUGCCCGUUGACGUCUUCCGCGUCGACAACGCGGCGAUACGUCUUAGACUAUGGAGCUACUUAACGUUUCGCCACGGUAGCCUGUUCAAGGCUCAUCCCCUUAGCUUUCCCACAUGGACGCAGAGCUGGUCGGCCAAGGUCGUCGACGACAGCCAGCUGCUCCUCCGGUCCGUGUCCACCCUGGCCAAAUGGAUGUCCGGGUGGGGCUGUGGAACAGGUCUGGCUAGCAGUGCCUGGGGCUGUGGAACAGGUCUGGCUAGCAGUGCCUGGAGCGUGAUGGGCUGCCGGAAGGACUCGGGCCGGGAGACCGGGUUGAGACUUGUGUGCUCUGGCCGGGGAUUUCAAAAAGCGGAAGUGUGGGGGUUGCGAGGGAGGGCUAAACACAUAAGAAUAGCAUGCAUGCGACGACCUAGGUACGGUAGGCACCUAGGUAGCCAUCUCGCCCAACUCAGGCGAGGAUAAUUAUACAUGCAUAAUUACAUGCAUAAUUACAUGCGUAAUUACAUGCGUAAUUACAUGCGUAAUUACACUACUUCCUAGUAUGAAACAAGAUCAAGAAAGAAGUGCCGAAUACCACCUUCUUCUUCGAGACCAUG